AGAUGCGUUUUGUUUUUGGUGAUUUCGUGUUGUGUUGAGUUGUUGGAUGUGUUGAUUCCGCUCUGUAUUUUACCGGCGAACAAAAUAAAUUGAACUAAUUCAUUAAACUCCUACUUACACUAGCUAAUACACGCUUAGGAAUAGGAGAUCUUUUGGAUUCUUUAGAAAUAUGAUACUUCAAAUUGCGUUAUUGAUAACAACUGUGAAAUUUCUUUUUAUACCUUUGUACCACUCUACAGAUUUUGAAGUCCAUAGAAAUUGGUUAGCAUUGAGUCACAAUCUUUCAGUAAAGGACUGGUACUACGAAUCUACAUCAGAAUGGACUUUAGAUUAUCCUCCUUUGUUUGCAUGGUUGGAGUAUGGUUUGUCACAUAUAGCAAAGUUUUUUGAUGCGAAUAUGUUACAAGUUUCAAAUUUAAAUUAUAAUUCGCAUAUGACAAUUAUGUUUCAAAGAUUGUCUGUUAUCUCACUAGAUUUACUCUAUAUACUGAGUGCAAAAAGCUGUUCUGCUCUAGUCGCCAAUGGAAAGCUACUGGUGUUCAUAUUAUUGGUUUCAAACCCUGGAUUGUUAAUGGUGGACCAUAUACAUUUUCAAUACAAUGGAUUCUUGUAUGGAUUUUUGCUGUUUUCUAUUUCUCACAUGAUAAGGAGUAAUUUCAUCCAAGCUGCAGUGUGGUUCUCUCUGCUUUUGAACUUAAAACAUAUAUUUUUAUAUAUAGCCCCAGUAUAUGCAGUACAUUUGUUAAGGACAUACUGUUUCACAGUAUCCUCUAAUGAUGGUAUUCAUACUGCGUGGUAUUCAUUCUCCUUUGGAAACCUAUUAAAAGUCGCUAUUGCUGUGAUUACAGUUUUUGUUAUAUCAUUUGGACCUUUUAUUGAUCAUAUGCCACAGGUAAUAGCCAGACUUUUUCCAUUCAAAAGAGGUUUAUGCCAUGCUUACUGGGCUCCAAACUUUUGGGCGCUGUACAAUUUCACUGAUAAAGCUCUUCAGUAUGCAUUGCCAAAAUGUGGAUUCGCUAUACCGAAAGUGGAGGCUGCCAUGACAGGAGGCCUUGUCCAAGAAUAUGACCAUGCUGUUCUGCCUUCCAUUAAGCCAAGUAUAACAUUCAUACUCACUGUUGUUUCAAUGCUUCCUGCACUUAUCAAAUUGUGGCAUCUGGGUGCUGACAGGAGGUAUAGAGUGCUAAGCUUUGUUAGGUGCCUUGUAGUGUGUGCUACGUGCUCGUUUAUGUUUGGAUGGCAUGUCCAUGAGAAAGCAAUUUUAAUGAUUUUGAUACCUUUGAGUUUCUUAGCAGUCCUGGGAGACGUAGAUGGAAAAAUGUUCCUGAUCAUAUCCACAGUGGGACACUACUCUUUAUUCCCGUUGCUUUAUCCAAAAAAUCUGUUACCUAUAAAAAUAUUCAUGUUAUUAACGCAUAUGGCCAUAGGCUUCGGUAACAUACCGACUUUAUAUGAAGUUGCGAAAACGAAAGGGGGUAAAAAAAGACGGGCUUUUAUGAGAUUACCUAUGCUUGGACAAAUUGAAUCAUUGUACAUAUACGGGUUAUUAGCUGUUUGUAUUUACGAAACUGUCCUUCACGAAGCAUGGGGCUUAAGUAAAUCCUUGCCAUUUCUUCCCUUAAUGUUAACUUCUGUUUAUUGUAGUUUAGGUGUUAUAUAUUUUUGGAUUAAUUAUUAUUAUUAUUUCCUCACAUUCAAUCUAAGCAAAGUCCCUAUUGUAGGCGCAAUGAAUCUAAAUCAAUAUGUAAAGAAAGCUAAUUAAAUUAUUUAAAUAUUCAGUCAA